CAUACACGAAGUUACUGUCUAUGCUUACAAAGGGGAAAAAGUGRAGSAGGCUCUAAAAAGAGACGGGCGCUUUCUCRRUAUUGUGUUCACAAAAAACUGCGCGCUCUCYUCCAAAUGUGGCAGAGUAGAAAUCGAGCUUUCCAGUCUUGUGGAUGACCUCGGUGACAAAACCUUUGAGGUUAUUCUGCUCGAUAAGAACAGUCCUCCAAGCAGCCUUGAUGAAGCCUGCCUGACAUCAACUGAAAGUCAGUCUCAGUGCGACUCAGAAAUAGCUGCACACUCAACUGAUUUGAAAGCUGACGUAAAGCCAAAACACAUGUUGCAGGAAAUCCCCAACUCAAAAACCAUGAAGGCUCAGUUAUGCUUACAGUUUAAAGAUUCAUUGAAAGCCAUACGCCCUCGUGCUUCUAAGCUUUCCCGUAUUCAGAAUCUCCUCCGGGUGGAGUUCGGACAGAGUGCUCAGAGGUGCCAGGAAGUGAGCACCAUGAAGAAGCUGAUGGAGCUCAGUGGUUCAGUUUGCCAGGUGAGAAUAAAUGGGCRUCCAUGUGGAAGUGGGUUUCUUUGUUUUGGCUACUAYGCCAUCACUAACGGCCAUGUYGUCAAAGAUAUUUACAAUGAAMACAGGAAAGAAYUUGACGAGAAGCUCUCCGUGCACUUCUCAUAUGAAAGUUUAGAGCCAWCUGAGGGGGAGGUGGACGUGGUGGAGGUUGUCGGCUUUGAGUACUGCUACAACGAGCACGAAAAGGACUGGGCUUUGCUGAAGCUCAACGCUGAUCAGCCACUUCCUGCCUGUCUGUUAAAACAUGCUGGCUUCCCUUCUGAAGAUGGUGGGAUUUGCAUCAUUGGUCAUCCAGAUGGAKGUGUGAAAAAGAUAGAUCCGUGUUUGAUUGUCCCUUCACAGAAAUCCGCCCAGGUUGYGGAGAGGCAUURCUGGGAGAAUCAAAAUCAUAUUCAGUUGAUUACUAACUCAUWCUUUGAGAAUGUGGCAAAAUGUGUCCAACAACAACGGGCUCUGUUUUAUGARUCUUGUUUUUAUUUUGGCUCCUCUGGCUCUCCUGUCUUCGACAAGCACUGCAAUGUUAUUGCAGUGCACUCAGGAGGGUAUCAUUACCAAACACCGAAGGGUAAACUCCAGAGUGUGAUAGAGUUCGGCCACCCCUUCCCUGCCAUCAUGGAACGCCUCCUCAUUCAGAUGGUGGAGAAGAAAAAGGUUGACGUGUUAAAGGAGUACCUGGCCUGUGAUUACAAGCAGCAUCAGAUCAUUAUGAAAGAUGUGAAGAAACUGGUUGAGAGCCGAAAUCUCGGCACGUUCAGAAACGCAGUCAACSAUUUAGUUCAACUGRAUGACGCUGAUCUAAACAAAUUCUGUCAGUUCUUUACACUUAAAGAAGAACCAGUUCCAAUGGAAAUCGAUUGAUGACACUUUGAUUUAUUGCAACAGUUUGUUCACACACUGUAUCAGGAUGUUUUGGUACAGAUCAACAGAUAUUGUAGAUCACUCUUUAAACCAUCUCUGGAAGCAUGAGGUUCAGUUUUGACAAUAUCAAAAAAAACUAAAAGGUUCUAUGUAAAUAAUGUAAACAAUACAAAACAGUGUUCAGAUGGACUGCUGAAAAUGAGAUCAGUUCUUUUAAAAUAGCAAUUCACUUCAAAUUGGAGCAGUGAAUUAUUACUUAAAAAUAUCCUAAUCUCACAAAGAUCAGUAAACCCAGAAAGAUAUUUCUCUGUUAAUUUGCUGUCCUGCUGCAAACAAAUGGGAAAUGGUUUUGCAAAACCUUUCUCUAUAGCUGCCAGUGACAAUUUUUUUUUCCUUUUUAUAAUACAAACACCAUUAUAAUAAUGAUUUACUGAUAUACUGCUAUUGUUUUAAACAACUAGAGUUCUGCAAAAUGUUCUUUUAAUAUUGCAUGCAACAUUUUAUUAUGUUUUUUCUUGUAUUUUAUGCAGUUACAUAGAAACGCAUGGAUUUUUUUUAUUUCUUUUUGUCCUUUCAUGAAUUUAACAAUGGUGUAAGAGUCUAGGUUAAUGGAAGAUGGCUCUAAUGUAUGGCAAUUUUUAAACAAUAAAUUGAAAAUAAAUAUAAUUCUUGACUAAAACAGA